AUGACAAGAUUAAUCUCUAACAAGCCGUCCCCGUGGCCCAGGCUGCGGCCGCGGCCGCCCGGAGUGCCGGCCGACGCGCCGCAGGAGGUGGUGCGGGCGGUGGAGGAGGCGAUCGCGGGUGGGGCGGACCUCCUCCGCGAGGUGGUCUCCCAGGAGGAGGGCGAGCUGGCGCACUCCGUCGUCGACGUGCUGCUCGGCACCAUGAGCGGUGCGGACGAGGCAGGCGACGCCACCGGCACCGGCACCGGCGCUCCUCCCACCGUCAUGAUCAGCUCGCGUGCCGCUGUCGUCGCCGCCGAGCUCCUGUCUCAUCUCCCCGAAGGCGACGAGCCGUCGCCGCGCACUCGUGCAGCCUCGGGUCUGCACGCCGCCCUCCGCGCCUGCACUCGCAACCGAGCCAUGUGUUCUUCCGCGGGCCUCAUGGCUGCCCUCCUCGCGUCCGCGGAGAAGCUAUUCGUCGAAAUGGAUCAGGGUAGUAGGUGGGACGGGACGCCACUGCUUCAGUGCAUUCAGAUGUUGGGUGGGCACUCGCUUAGUGUGAAAGACCUGCAUUCCUGGCUUGAUUUGGUUAGAAAGGCACUUGGAACGAGCUGGGCCACGCCACUUAUGCUAGCGCUUGAGAAGGCCAUGGGCAGCGUGGAAGCAAAAGGUCCUGCUGUGUCAUUUGAGUUCGACGGGGAGAGCUCUGGUCUGCUUGGCCCAGGUGACAGCAGGUGGCCCUUCUUAAAUGGAUAUGGGCUCGCCACUUGGAUAUAUAUAGAAUCAUUCUCGGAUACGCUUAGCACAGCAACAGCUGCCGCAGCCAUUGCUGCUGCUGCGGUGGCAACAUCUGGAAAAUCAUCAGCAAUGUCAGCUGCUGCGGCAGCCAGUGCCCUUGCGGGAGAAGGAACAACACACAUGCCCCGGCUUUUCAGCUUUCUCUCUUCAGAUAACCAGGGCGUGGAAGCCUACCUUCAUGGCCAGUUCUUGGUGGUGGAGAGUGUGGGUGGGAGGGGUAAGAAAGCUUCUUUGCACUUCACGUAUGCGUUCAAGCCUCAGUGCUGGUAUUUUGUUGGCUUGGAGCACACAAACAAGCAUAGUUUGCUUGGAAAGGGUGAUAGCGAAUUGAGGCUGUAUGUUGAUGGUAGCCUGUAUGAGAGCCGUCCAUUUGAGUUUCCGCGUAUCUCGAAACCACUUGCAUUUUGCUGCAUUGGGACAAAUCCACCGCCAACUAUUGCAGGCCUGCAGAGGCGCCGGCGGCAAUGCCCAUUAUUUGCUGAAAUGGGGCCUGUCUACAUCUUCAAGGAACCAGUUGGGCCAGACAGAAUGAGACGGCUAGCAUCCCGAGGAGGAGAUACACUGCCCAGUUUUGGAAAUGGCGCAGGCUUGCCAUGGAAGGCAACUAAUGAUCAUGUUAAGAGUAUGGCUGAAGAGAGCUUUACACUCAACAAUGAGAUAGGGGGAAGCUUGCAUCUUCUUUACCAUCCUAGUCUUCUCACUGGGCGGUUUUGCCCAGAUUCCUCACCUUCUGGUUCAUCAGCCACUCAUCGAAGGCCUGCAGAGGUUCUUGGAUUGGUUCAUGUCUCAUCUCGUGUGCGACCUGCAGAAUCUUUAUGGGCCUUAGCUUAUGGGGGCCCAAUGGCUUUACUUCCACUAACCAUAGGCAAUGUGCAUGUGGACAGCCUUGAGCCUACACCUGGGGACUUGCCAUCGUCUCUUGCUACUGUUUCCCUUUCUGCCCCAGUUUUCAGGAUUAUUUCCCAAGCUAUUCAACACCCUGGAAAUAAUGAAGAAUUAUGCCGGGCAUUUGCACCAGAGCUUUUAUCACGUGUUUUACAUUAUCUGUUGCAAGCUCUUUCAAAGCUGGAAAGUGGAGAAGAGGCACUGACUGAUGAGGAGCUUGUUGCUGCCAUUGUAUCUUUGUGCCAGUCUCAAAGAAAUAAUCAUGAACUUCAAGUGCAGCUUUUCAGCAGCUUGCUGUUGGACCUAAAUCUAUGGAGUUCGUGCAAUUAUGGUUUACAGAAGAAGCUUCUGUCCUCUCUUGCAGACAUGGUAUUUACAGAGUCUGCUUGCAUGCGAGAUGCCAAAGUGAUGCAAAUGCUUCUUGAUGGCUGCAGAAGGUGUUACUGGGUAAUUCAGGAACCAGAUUCAAUCGAUAACUUUGCACUCACUGGAACAAAGAGAUCUUUGGGGGAAGUGAAUGCUCUAGUCGAUGAACUUUUGGUUGUUAUUGAACUGCUGUUAGGAGCAGCAUCUUCAACAGCAGCCGCAGAUGAUGUCCGCUGUUUGAUUGGAUUUAUUGUUGACUGCCCACAGCCUAAUCAGGUUGCAAGGGUGUUGCACCUCAUAUAUAGGUUGAUUGUACAGCCUAACGUCUCUAGAGCCAACUUAUUUUCUCAAUCCUUCAUCACUAGUGGUGGUGUGGAAGCACUACUUGUUCUUUUACAACGGGAAGCUAAAGCGGGUAAUAAAAAUAUUUUGGAUCAUUCUGGUGCAAAUUUUAGUGAAAAUAAUGUGCCCAAGGAUGGAAGUUCCAACAGAAAAGCUGAUAGUGCUGACACAAGAAGUCAGGUUGAUGAAACUCAAUCAGCUGAACGUCAUGAAACUGUCUUCCAUGAAGAAUCAGCUGAACAUGAAGCCACAAAUGCAAAUGAUAUGCUGGACUCAAAUAUUGGAAGUGAUGGAAUUGUUGUUGGCAUUAUUCACAUUCUUGGCGCUCUAGUUGGAUCAGGUCACCUGAAAUUUGAUUCUGGUGCUGGAAGUCCAAAUAUACCUGGUGGUAAUCAGACCACACUUAAUGAAGAAGGAAAUACUGUGUCAAAAGAUAGAGUAUCAUUGUUACUUUUUGCAUUGCAAAAGGCAUUCCAAGCAGCCCCAAGGAGGCUUAUGACAGCAAAUGUCUAUAUGGCUUUGAUUUCUGCUGCGAUUAAUGUUUCAUCAGCUGAUGAAAGUCUUAAUCUUUAUGAUUCUGGUCACCGUUUUGAACAUAUCCAACUUUUACUGGUUCUACUUUGCUCGCUUCCAUAUGCAUCUAGGGCAUUCCAAGCUCGUGCCAUACAGGAUCUUCUGUUUUUGGCUUGCAGUCAUCUAGAUAACAGAACUACAAUGACCUCGAUUGCAGAGUGGCCAGAAUGGAUUUUGGAGGUUUUGAUUUCUAACCAUGAGAUGGGCACAAAGAAAAAUGCUGAUGGUGUAAGCAUUGGCGAGAUUGAAGACCUCAUACACAAUUUCCUGAUUAUAAUGCUGGAGCAUUCAAUUCGACAAAAAGAUGGGUGGAAGGAUGCGGAGGCAACAAUUCAUUGUGCGGAGUGGCUCUCAAUGGUUGGAGGAUCUAGCACUGGAGACCAAAGGAUCAGGCGUGAAGAAUCAUUACCUAUUUUUAAAAGGAGAUUGUUGGGUGACCUGCUUGAUUUUUCUGCCAGGGAGCUUCAAGUUCAGCAGACUGGAGUAAUUGCAGCAGCUGCAGCUGGUGUUGCAGCUGAGGGUUUGUCUCCUGAAGAAGCAAAAGUUCAAGCUGAGAAUGCUGCUUAUCUCUCAGUAGCACUAGCAGAGAAUGCAAUAGUUAUUCUGAUGCUUGUGGAAGAUCAUCGAUCACAAGGUCAACAUUUUUGCACAUCCCUUACAGGUGAUAGCAUCACAUCUUCCACAGCAAUGGCUUCAUUGGCUGCCAGUCGGUCAAAUUCUUUGGGCACAGCUGGUAAAGAACCCAUGGCUGCUGGGGCCUCAAGACGGGCAUCUUUGUCCAGUGAUGCUGGUGGCCUUCCUCUGGAUUUGCUUACUUCUAUGGCUGAUUCAAAUGGACAAAUCUCUGCUGCCGUGAUGGAACGUCUUACAGCAGCAACAGCAGCUGAACCUUAUGAAUCUGUCAAGCAUGCAUUUGUGUCUUAUGGGAGCUGCAUAGCUGAUCUUGGAGAAAGUUGGAAGUACCGAAGCCGUUUGUGGUAUGGUGUAGGCAUUCCACCCAAAGCUGAUAUAUUUGGUGGUGGUGGAAGCGGUUGGGAAUCUUGGAAAUCUGUUCUAGAGAAGGAUUUAAAUGGGAUUUGGAUUGAAUUUCCACUUGUGAAGAAAUCAGUUGCUGUGCUGCAGGCACUUCUGUUAGAUGAAUCUGGACUUGGUGGUGGUCUUGGUAUUGGAGGGGGGUCUGGCCCUGGUAUGGGGGUUAUGACUGCCCUCUAUCAGUUGCUAGAUAGCGAUCAACCAUUUCUUUGCAUGCUCAGAAUGGUUCUUGUUUCAAUGAGGGAGGAUGACAAUGGUGAAGGUGAUGCUUUUACAAAAGAUGUUAGCAUAAAGGAUGUGGUAUCAGAAGGAAUGGACCGCCAGGCUGGAAGCAUGAUGCCAUUUGAUAUCAACAGUUAUUCAUCUCCAAGAAAACCUCGAUCUGCACUUCUUUGGAGUGUGCUUGGCCCCAUCCUCAAUAAGCCAAUAACGGAGUCUAAGAGACAGAGAGUGUUGGUUGCUUCCUCUAUUCUCUAUUCAGAGGUAUGGCACGCUAUUGGCAGGGACAGGAAACCCCUAAGGAAACAAUACAUUGAGCUGAUUUUACCACCAUUUAUAGCAAUUCUUAGAAGAUGGCGGCCCCUUUUGGCUGGUAUCCAUGAGCUUACUUCUUCAGAUGGACAAAAUCCACUGAUUGCUGAUGAUCGUGCUUUGGCAGCAGAUGCAUUACCCAUUGAGAUCAGCAAUUUUGAGUACUUAAUGGAACUUAACACACUGGCUGGGCGCAGUUACAAUGACAUUACUCAACCAAUUGGAGCACUAAACCCUGAACGACUAAAGAAGUUCCAAGAACGGUACUCUACAUUCGAGGAUCCAAUCAUCCCAAAGUUUCAUUAUGGUUCACAUUACUCCAGCGCUGGCACGGUCUUGUAUUACCUUUUCAGAGUGGAAUCUUUUACAACACUGUCUAUACAACUGCAAGGCGGCAAAUUUGACCAUGCUGAUCGCAUGUUUUCUGAUGUUUCUGGUACAUGGGAUAGUGUUCUUGAAGACAUGAGUGAUGUAAAAGAGCUAGUACCUGAGAUGUUUUACCUCCCUGAGGUAUUUACCAACAUAAAUGGCAUUGACUUUGGGACAACUCAACUUGGAGGGAAGCUAGGUUUGCAUCAUGCUAAUACCAUUGAUGUUUUGUUCUAUCUUCAAUGGACACUCCAUUUGGGUUGCAUAUAUAAACAGAGGGGCAAAGAAGCGAUAAUGGCAAACAAUGUAUUCUUCUACAUCACAUAUGAGGGAACUGUUGACAUUGACAAAAUUACAGACCCAGUGGAACGGCGAGCUACACAAGAUCAAAUAGCUUACUUUGGACAAACACCAUCUCAACUGCUGACUGUCCCUCACAUGAAGAGGAAGCCAUUGGCAGAGGUCUUACAACUACAGAACCAUGAUUUAGCCUAUGGCAGUCAAAUUUACAACAGGUACGAUAUGAAGAAUUGCAUUGCUGGGAACCCACCAGCAGACCAUCAUAGUGACUCCAUUAGAAGUGUUGAGGCACAGUUUUACCAGUGA